UGCCCCUGACAAGGCUUAGAUUCGAGUAGAUCAUAAUAAUAGUGAAUCAGAAAGUCAUGAAAUGAGUAGCUUUUCGUCCGAAAUUAUGUUUUUGUCUUCUUUUCCUUCUGGAACUUGGGGUCUCACGCAUCGCUUAAGCUUGGUUUUCGGCGUUAUCUGAGGCUGGAGGGAACGGCGGGUGAGUGAGUACUAUGGAUGAGACACUACUACUGCCGACGGCCCGGAAGAGAAGGCGUUCUUCGUUCUGGCCGUUUGAGCGCGAUGAUUCUGGCCGGUUGGAAGAUUCGAAGGGUUGGAUCGAUUUGGAUCUAUUGUCGCCUCAAAGUGAAGGUCAGAGUCGCUCCUCUUCUACAGAACAUGUCCAUGAAGCAACUUCGCCUAUUUCACCAGAUGCGUCAACCGACAAACCAUCCCCGAGAUUAAUACACCUCAUCAACGCCGGCAGAGGAUUUCAACCUACUCAUGAACGAGCAUGGGUUAAGGGCGUGCUCGUGUGUGCCUGUGUGACUUCCGUCGUGCUAUUCGUCAAUAUCAUCCUCACCAUCGUGGCCACCGCCAUCGCAUACUCGAGAGACGAGCAGCAGCAGUCCAGUGCUUCAGUGCUCUACCAGGGAGAAUGCUCCAGGACCAAAGGUUGGGCCAGCGGGAUCCAUUUAGUCAUCAACGUGCUGAGUACGCUCGUUCUGGGGGCGAGUAAUUACUGCAUGCAGUGCUUGGGAUCACCGUCCCGCGAAGAUGUCGACCGCGCCCAUGCUCAGAGGACGUGGCUGGAUAUUGGAACGCCGAGUAUUGGGAAUUUUAAUUUUGUCGGACGAAGAAGAUUCGUACUGUGGUUCGUGUUGCUGAUGACUUCGUUGCCUAUUCAUUUGAUAUAUAACUCGGCUGUAUUCCCUACAGUAGGAACGAACGAAUAUGCUGUUGUUGCUGUGUCUUCCGAUUUUGACUUUAAUAAUCCGGGCAACCAUACCAAGGACUAUAUAAACUGCUUUGAACCUAGCAUCGCGGCGACCAUGGACGCUUUCUACUCCAACAUGUCGCAGGGGAGAUUUGAAAGGCUUACCAAACAAGAAUGCAUCGACACAUUCGCUGUUGAUUACCCCUCUGGUCGAGGAACACUCGUUGUCGUGACUAACGAUCAAUCCACUAUCGGAAACCAGUCUUUACGUUGGGUAGGAACGGGCAAUGCCAUUGGAGACAUGUUCACGGCAACGGAAUCCUAUCUAUGGAUGUGUUCCUCGUUGCGUGAUUCUUGGGGGCGAUGCAACAAGGAUUCUGUACAGGCAUCUUUCGAUAAUUGGUCUGUAGCGAUAGAGAAUUGGACAUAUCCUCUACUUCAGGCGACGGUGGAUGGGCCUUAUGGGCCUGUCAAGCUUAGCUCGACAUCAAUGGAUCCGGACCUUUGUGAGUAUGGACAGGACGAUGCUUUAUGCCUCGAUAUACACAACUUGGAGAACAUACUAUGGCAAUAUCCUUCUUCCGAGGCAGGUCUGCGACAGGAUCUUGACAACGGGACCGCCUGGCGGAAUGCCACUUGGGCCAGGAGAGCGAAUGUCAGUCAGACUGGAACGAUUUGUGCAUCUCAGAUAGGCACCGGAAGCUACAACACAGCACCAGUCGACCAUUGUCUCAGCCAGACGACAGAGCAAGACUGCCAGCUGUUAUUCAGCCUUCCUAUCUGCAUCGCUGUUAUUCUCUGCAAUCUCACCAAGAUCGUCUGCAUGUUCUUGACGGCUCGGGAUGACCGGAAGGAGAUCUUCCUGACAGUUGGAGAUGCCAUAUCGUCCUUCCUCACCAGGCCUGAUCCCACUACAGAGGGUAGAUGUCUAUUGUCAAUGAAGAAUAUCAGCAAAGGUCCCUGGUCGUGGAAGAACCCUCUUUCUCCGAAUAAGCAGACCACCACUGUGAAGUAUUCACCACCAUCAAGGAUUCCAGAUGUCCUCCCUCCCAGAACGAGGUGGAUACAAGCUGUGAGUAUCUGGCGCUGGGUCGUAACUAUUACCUUAUGCGUCUUCCUGCUCUCUGUCACUGGCUUCCUCCUCUCUGACGGCAUCGCCAGCAUCACAAGCUACGGCAGCUCCGCAGCCUUACCGGCUCUCUGGCAACUGGGUUUCGGAACAGCCACUCCCACGACCCUCAUCACCGCAUUCAGCGCAACCGGCGGCAGCUCCUCUUUCAUCGGGAUGAUCCUCCUCGCAAACGUGCCCCAACUCCUCGUUUCCACCGCCUACUUCCUCUACAACGGCCUCCUGACCAACAUGCUCCUCGCCGCCGAAUACGACGACUACGCCAUGUCCCGCAAACCCUUACGAGUCUCCUGGCCCAAGGGCCAACAACGUUCCACAUACUAUCUUAGCUUACCCUAUCGAUACGGCAUCCCCCUCCUAAUCGUCUCCGCCAUGUUGCACUGGCUCGUUUCUGAAAGUAUCUUCUACGUCGAAAUCCUUCAGUUCAAUAUGUACGGCAAGCUCAUGUCCAACGACCGUAUCGUCACGUGCGGGUUUUCACCGAUCGCGAUUAUUUUCGCUAUCGGUCUGGGGUGUCUCAUGGUAUUCGCCGUCUUGGGUCUGGGGUUGAGAUGGUAUCAAUCGAAUAUGCCUCUCGUGCAUGGCUGUAGCGCUGCCAUUAGCGCGGCAUGUCACCCCCUAACCGACGAUAACGAGCAUGCGCUCAAGCCGAUCAUGUGGGGAGAAAUCCCUAUCCGAAAGGAGGAUAAUAAAGCCUUAAUAGGAGAAAGGCUUUCCUCACCAGAUCGGGUUGCAUGCCCGACUUCUUCCUUACCGAGUCGAAAUAAAGAUUACGAAAUAAUAAGAACGCGUGAGCUAGUGGCGGAUGCUGCUGAUGACGAUGAUGCAAUUGAAAAUAGUCCGAGUCCUUGGCAUUAUACUGCCAAACUCGACGAAGGGCAGUAUGGUCAUUGCAGUUUUACGUCCGGGGAUGUUAUUGCGCCUAGUCCGGUGCGGUUAUAUGUUUAGCUAAGCUAGACAUUUCCUGAAAAGAUGAGGAUGAGGUGACCGUGUCUUUGUGUACAGGGUAUAUCCUCUUCCCUCGUGGUGUAUAUUUCCCCCAUGGGAGUGGUGUUCAGAUGGCGUUGUGGGCGUGGAAAAUGUUUUAUAUAUAUACCCAACUUGUAUAAUAAUGUGCUGUUUAUAAGCGGACGUUCAUAUGAACAAUCGUUGGAUAUCAUCUCAUUGAUACUCCUGGAUGUGAAAAUCGGAAACAAAUCUUCUGUAUUCUCGCUCAAGAGUAGAAGAAAGACCCAUAUGCCAGCUUA